AGUGUCUGUGUGGAAUAUGAGCAGAAAUCAGGACGCAUUACUGAUCAAGCACAAAGCAAAAGAGGAAGAAAAUUAUUUCAAGUAAACAAACAGACUCAUGUUGAUCAGAAAUGGAUGGGCUUCAGAGAGCAAUACCACUUUCCUAUUGGCUGAAUGAGCUGUCAAUCACAGCCCAAGCGCACAGAGAGAGAGAGAGAGAGAGAGAGAGAGAGAGAACAGACGAGUUGAGAAGUGGCAUGGAGGAGACUCAUAACUACACAGAGCAGCGCAGGAAUGUGAAGACAAUCCGAGACGACAUCCACUGAAGAUUUCCAUGCAGUAAUCAGGGAAAACAUGAGGAAACAACUACACCAAAUCUGUCGUGUUUUUCAGCACAAUAUUUCCACCAUUUCAGCUUUAAUCUCCACUGCUGACUCACUUAACGACUCAUUCCACGAAUCUGAUUCAUUUUGUUCUUAAUCGACACAAUUAUGUGAUUUAACAUGUGUGAGAGAGGAUUCCUUUAAUUCACCACUCUGUGUGUUUAGAGAAAUCUGAAACACACACUAACGCAUGUUUGUGACGUUACAUGACCUCUGAAGAAACGUUCACAGCGUGCAGCUAAUGUGUACGCUCAGUGUACGCUAACAGCGAGGCUAGCUGGUCAAACUCAGUAAUAUUUUAGAUUCAUUAUUCAGAUCAGUUCACUUAACUCAGUUAUAGAUUUGAUUUAUUAAAGAGUCGCUUCAUUUGGCCAGUUUCGGAUCAGGAGACUGAAUUUUAAACUGGAAAAUGACACUGAGACGUUUGAUUCCGUGUUUUCGAUUAAAAAGAAUCAUUUUGUUUGGUGAGUCUCGUUAAACUCAUCAUUAAACAUGGACAUGGACGAGGAGAAGAAGGGCAGCAGCUACCGCAUGCUGAACUGGGAGCAGGUGAAGCGUCUGGACUUCGUUCUCACAGAGUCCAUCCCCAUCCACGGUCGCUGGAGUUUCCCCACACUGCAGAUGAAGCCGAGGGACAUCGUUAAGGCCGUACGCUGCAGAAUGGCUAAGCAGAACAUCUGCGUACGUGAGGUUCGGCUCAACGGUUCGGCCGCUAGUCAUGUCCUGCAUGAGGACAACGGCUUAGGAUACAAAGACCUGGACCUGAUCUUCUGCACCAAGCUAAAAGACGAGCUGGAUUUCCAGACUGUCAAAGACAUCGUGCUGGAUGCUCUCCUAGACUUCCUGCCUGAAAUAGUGAACAAGACUAAAUUAACACCACUCACGCUGAAGGAGGCAUAUGUACAGAAGAUGGUGAAGGUGUGUAACGACUCGGACCGCUGGAGUCUGAUCUCUCUGUCGAAUAACAGCGGGAAGAACGUGGAGUUGAAGUUUGUCGACUCUCUGCGUCGUCAGUUCGAGUUCAGCGUCGACUCGUUCCAGAUCUGCUUGGACUCGCUCCUUCUGUUCUACGAGUGCUCUCUGGAGAACGUCAUGAACGUCUCAUUCCACCCCUCCGUCCCAGCCGAGAGCGUGUACGGCGAUUUCUCUGAGGCACUGGACCACCUGCGGCAGCGUCUCAUCGUCACGCACAACCCUGAAGAGAUUCGUGGUGGCGGUUUGCUUAAAUACUGCCACCUGCUGCUGCGAGGGUUCCACGCCCCGACCCGGCAGGACACGGGAGACUACCGUGACCUUCUGCAGCGAUACAUGUGCUCGCGCUUCUUCAUUGACUUCCCACGAGCAUCUGAACAGCAUCGCAAACUCGAGUCCUACCUGCAGAGCCACUUUGUGGGGCAGGAGGAGUGUAAGUUUGCGUACCUGAGCACGUUGCACAGUGUGGUGCGCGAGAGUAGUGUGUGUCUGAUGAACCGUGAGAGAAGCCGAGUGCUGGAGAUCAUCGCUUCCAUGGCUGUCAGGGCGCUGGCUAAACACAGUGACAUCCCCAGUGUGGAGAAGGUCACCUGCUACUACCAACCCGCUCCGUACGUCAAAGACGGAAACUUCAGUAACUACAGCGUAGCUCAGGUGCAGAGCGUGUACGCCUGUGAAACCGACCAAUCAGGACAGGUCUGGCUGUGUUUGUUUAUCUGAGACACCUGAUAAGAAUAUGUUUUCAUGUUGACCAGUCAGAGUGGAGCUAAGAAUGAAAAGCUCCACUGACCAAUCAAAAGACUUAUUAUGAAGGAGGAAAGAACAAUCAAAGCCAGAACUUUAAGGAAGAUGAAGAAACCAACCAACCAAUCAGAGAUCAGUGAUUGUAUAAUGGACCAAUUAAAUUGCUUUGACCUGAUUUCACCCUUUCUUUGUCAGAUACUGAAAAUGGACAAAGAAUUUUGAUAUUUGGUUUCCUCUCAGGUAUCCAGUCAUGAACCAGGAACCAGGAUCUGAGGAUGACAUCAGAACCGAGUGAGCAGCACCAACUCACUGUGGAUUACUGAGUCUGAGGGAUUUUUAUUUUUCAUUUCUGACAUAAAAGUUAUGAUGAAGAAUUCAAGUCCACACCUUUCUGGCUGUAAAACCAAAACAUUUUUCAUAAAUUACCACUUAUGUGUGUGUGUGAGAGAGAGAGAGAGAGAGAGA